AUGCAAAGUCUUUCACAGAAAUCUUUUAUCUGCUCCUACACCAAGGAUGCUUUUUGUGUGAAAGGCUGGAGACGGUGCAGAGAGAGGGAAGAACGGGAGGCUCUUCCCCAGGAGGAGAUCAAUCAGAUCCUGGCUCUUGACAACUAUUUCAUUUCCAGCACCGUCUGGGCUGUGUCACGAGCCUUACAUGCAGCCUCUUUAGCCAGAUCCAAGAGGACAAGGAACAAAGUUGGCAAGAACACUGGAGCCCCACACUUGAAGGCCUGGCAGUUUUACAAUAAUUCCACCAAAGGGGUGUAUUUGGAUGAGCAUGGACAGCUGGUAGCGGACCUGGACAUUGUACGCUGGGUGUAUUCUACCGAUAAGUCCGUUAGUAGAGUGAAAUUUGGGAGUCUAAAAAGAGAACAAUCCCUGGAUUUCAAAUUUAUGAUCCACCAGAAUGCUACUGCAGAAAUGGUGAAGCUGAACCAGCCCCUGCCUCCUUCCCGGUGUGUGGAAAGCUGUCGUCCUGGAUUCAGGAAGGUGGCUCAGGAAGGGAGGCCCAUCUGCUGCUAUGACUGUCACCCUUGUGCUGAAGGAACCAUCUCCACCACGGAAGAUGCAGAAAAAUGCAACAAAUGUCCAGAAGAUCAAUAUCCAAACAUCCGUCGAGAUCACUGUAUAGACAAGAUUAUGACCUUCCUAUCCUAUGAUGAAAAUCUGGGGAUCAUCCUGGCUUCCCUUGCCUUGUUCCUUUCACUAAUCACAGCCUUUGUCCUGGGAAUCUUCAUUAAAUUCCAAGACACUCCAAUCAUCAAAGCCAACAAUCGGGACCUCUCUUAUAUCCUCCUUGUAUCACUUCUGCUUUCCUUCUUGACCUCUUUCCUCUUCAUUGGACAGCCAAGCAGAGCCACCUGCCUUCUCCGACAAACAGCCUUCAGCAUCAUUUUCUCACUUGCUGUCUCUUCUGUCUUGGCCAAAACAGUCAUGGUGGUUUUAGCCUUCUUGGCCACAAAGCCAGGAAAUAAAGUGCAGAGAUGGCUGGGGAAAAGCUUGGCCAACUCCAUUGUCCUCUCUUGCUCUGGUCUCCAAGUUGUCCUCUGCAGCAUCUGGUUGGGGACCUCUCCCCCCUUCCCUGAGUCUGACAUGAACUUGUUGUACAGAGAGAUCAUCCUGCAAUGCAAUGAAGGUUCUGUCCCCAUGUUUUAUGGUGCCCUUGGCUACAUGGGCUUCCUGGCUGCUGUCUGCUUCUUAGUGGCCUUUCUGGCCAGGAACCUCCCUGGGGCCUUCAAUGAAGCCAAGCUGAUCACCUUCAGCAUGCUGGUCUUCUGCAGUGUCUGGCUCUCCUUUGUGCCCACUUACCUGAGCACCAAAGGGAAGUACAUGGUGGCUGUGCAGGUCUUCUCCAUCUUGGCUUCCAGUGCUGGCCUGCUGGGUUUCAUCUUUUCCCCUAAAUGCUAUAUUAUUUUCCUAAGACCAGAUCUGAAUACAAAAGAACAUGAGAUCAGCAAAGAUCCCCACUUCUUACCCAACGUCACCCUGGGCUACAGCCUCCAUGACAACUUUCGAGACAGAAGAAUGACUUUGGAUGCUCUGCUGGACCUGCUUUCCACUGGAGAGGCCAAUGUUCCCAACUACAGCUGUGGAAGGAAGGAAAACCUGCUGGUUCUCCUGGAAGAGGCCGACUCUGACCUAUCCAUCCUCACGGCUGCCAUGUCAGGCAUCUACACAACCCCACAGGCAUAUCGCCAGUGA